GGCAGGUGUGCGGAAGGUUUACGGAUCGGGCGGUAAUACCCACAUAUAUACCCCAUACACCCCCCCACUUGCAUUGAAAAGCCUUGGGGCUCCGCGUUAAGUGAUUCAGCCCAUAGAAAUGGCCCUCGUGGAGCGGAAGUUAUUGCGUGCGAAAUUGUAAAAUGACCCGAUCGGAGUUUUUUGGGAAGUGAAAACCCCACGAAUGUCCCUCAAUAUUCCCGAUUAAUUCGUGGUCAGUUGGUUCAGUGAGUCGGUGGUGGUGGCAUGCCCGUUUUGCGUGUACAACUCAAGUGUGUACCAAAAACUAUAAUCUUGAUGUGUCAAAAACAAAACCAUUAUUUUUAUUAAAACAUCAAUGUGAUAAGAUAUUUUUGAAUAACUAAGAUAUAAGAGAAAGCAAUAAGCGUUUCAUGUGCGAAGUAAAUCGAAUUGAAGUCCAAUCACAAUUGAAGCAUACAUAAUCCGCGACAAUUGCAACCGAACACAACAAAUUUAUAGCCGCAAUUAAAUCCUUGACCAUAAAUCAGGGAAUAUGGCCGUGGUAAUCAAAGUGUUUAACCCACACGCAGCAACCGCAGCAAUCGAAUUGAGAUAAAACAGCGAGCAACUAACCACGGCUAAUAAAAAUAGAAGAGUGGCCAAAGUCACAAAGGUUCAUAGACGGAUACAGAUACAUUAGCCGAAUCGACAGCAAUAUGGCCUGCUUUCCCCGACUUUUCCAUCACCGCAGUAAAAACAAAUUCACCCCUGCCCAAGAUGAGAACACCGAUACGAUACUCAACACACAAGAUAGUCCCGUGCAAAUUGGUCUGUACAUCCGUCGCGAGGAGAAGCCCCUGUACUCGCCCAUCGUCACCCCGAGUGCCAGUGAGGCCAAACUUCAACGGCUGAGACAGCAGUCGCCCGUCCCCGUCCCCGUCGCCGGCUCCGGCUCCCCCACUCCUCUCCAGCCUGUUGCCGAAAAUGGCAGGGCAAACAAUGGCGGCCAGGAGCGCAGGUUCCGCUCCAACAAGGACAAACUGCAGGCGAGCAGGCAGGACGAGGAGUCGGCCUCUUCUGUCGGCGGCAGUGCAAUUAAUGUCACACGCUCAAGUUCAAAAUUAAAACCCGUCAAAGAGCGACGGCCCACCGCCCUGCCCAGCGAGGUGCCCAGCAUAGAGGUCGAGGAUGCCAAGGAUGCUGAAGAGGAGGAGAAGGAGGAGGAGCAGGAGCAGGAGCCGGAUGCAAGUGCACAUGCCGAUGUCCUCGAUGGCGGCAAGUCAAAACUCAAAGUGAAUGUGAAUGGCAUAAUUGAUGAGGGCGGUGCCGAUGAUGUCGCCACACCCACACCAUCCAGCACCUCCACAACACCUGUGACCGAGGGUCCUGUAAAGUUUUUCAUUGGUCACACGCAGGAUCUAAGCGCGCAGCAAACGGAUGACACCUUGUCCUGGCAGAGCAGCGAUGCCAACAACAACAACAACAACGACAGCAAUAACCACCACAGCAGUGCCGCCAUUAACGGCAAACUGACAAAUGGUGUCCUGCCACAGGAGCGACAGGAACAGAAAGGACUCCACCAGCCGCUCCAGGCUCCGCCCCGCGCCAAGAGCUCCAGCAAUGUGUCACUCAAUUAUCCGGCCAAGAGCCAUCCGGACAGCCAACGUCGCCGCCGUGUGUCCACGAUGCCCGAUAUUAACAUACCGCCGGCACCGCCGAUGCCCCCGGAGCUCCUCGUCCCCGGCACGCCCCUUCACUUGCGCAAGAAACGGAGCGUGGAGCGUCCGCAGGAGCAGCAGGAUGCUUUGAAUAGUCAAGAUCAAAUAGCAAGGCCAGAGGAAAGUGGCGAACGGGACAGCAAAAGCCAGAAAUCCAGCGAUUCCUCGACACCCAAAACCCAUCGCGUUGAAGGUGGCCUCAUCUAUGUCCGUCCCAAUUUUCCCAUUCAAGGCGACAUUGAAAUCGAAUUUAUUGCAAAGGACGAAGCCACACGCAAUCUCAUACGAACGGCCAUUGAGCGCAAUGAUUUCCUCAAUAAUCUAAUGGACAAGGAGCGCAAGGAGAUGGUUAUCAAUGCAAUGGCGCCGGCCAGCUACCAGAAGCAAAGUCUCAUCAUCCACGAGCACGAGGAGGGUUCCGAGAUAUAUGUGUCCGCCGAGGGGCAGUACGAUGUAUUCCGCGGGGGCCAGCUGGUGGCCAACUUUGGACCGGCCACCGUCUUCGGGGAACUGGCCAUCCUCUAUAACGCUCCUCGUCAGGCAACCAUACAGGCUGCCACCGAUGCACGUGUUUGGAAAAUCGCACGCGAAACCUUCAGGGCCAUCAUGCAAAUCUCUGGAUCCCGGGAACGCGAGGAAAACCUUCAGUUCCUGCGCUCGGCACCGUUUCUGCAGGAGCUCGACCAGAGUUUGCUGCACAAAGUCGUAGAUCUCCUGCAAAGGAAAUUCUACGAGACCGACAGCUGCAUUGUGCGCGAAGGCGAGGUGGGCAACGAGUUCUACAUCAUCCGGUGCGGAACCGUGACCAUAAAGAAGCGGGAUGAACAGCGGCAGGAGCAGAUUGUGGCCAAGCGGAUGCGGGGAGACUACUUCGGGGAGCAGGCCCUGCUGAAUGCGGAUGUGCGACAGGCCAGUGUGUAUGCCGAUGCUCCAGGAACCGAAGUGCUCAUGCUGGACAGAGAAGCCUUUAUAAGCUAUUUGGGAACUAUCAAACAGCUGCGUGAGAAGCCGAACAGCCAGCGCAGCGAUACGAGUGGUCGAUCCAGUAACAAGGCCCUGGAGUUCGACAACGAGUACUCCCAAGUGGCCAUCUCCGAACUGAAGAAGAUAGCCACUAUGGGCUGCGGAGCUUUUGGACGCGUGGACCUGGUUUCCCUCGGCCAACAGGCUUUGGCUCUGAAGAUCAUCAAGAAAAUCGAGGUGGUGAAACAAGAUCAAAUCGAGCACGUUUACAAUGAGAAGAACGUAAUGAUUAAGUGUCGCCACUCGCCUUUCAUAGUACAACUCUAUCGCACGUACCGCAAUGACAAAUACGUCUACUUCCUAAUGGAGGCUUGCAUGGGCGGUGAUGUAUGGACGGUGAUGUCAAAGCGCCAGUAUUUCGAUGAGAAGACCGCUAAAUUUAUAGCGGGCUGUGUUGUGGAAGCCUUCGAUUACCUGCACUCGCACAACUUCAUUUACCGAGAUUUGAAGCCCGAGAAUUUAAUGCUCGGCACGGAUGGCUACUGCAAAUUGGUGGAUUUUGGAUUUGCCAAAUUCGUGAGACACAAUGAGAAGACGAACACAUUUGCCGGUACCCCCGAAUAUGUGGCCCCCGAGAUUAUCCUGGAUCGUGGACACGAUCGUGCCGUCGACUACUGGGCACUGGGCAUUCUCGUCUAUGAACUUCUAGUUGGCAAAACCCCCUUCAGGGGCGUAAAUCAGAUCAAGAUCUACCAGCAAAUCCUCAGUGGCAUUGAUGUCAUCCACAUGCCAUCGCGCAUCCCCAAAUCCGCACAGCACUUGGUCCGGCAUCUGUGUAAGCAACUUCCGGCGGAAAGACUGGGAUAUCAGCGGAAGGGAAUCGCCGAUAUCAAGCGGCACAGCUGGUUCGAAAGUCUGGAUUGGCAGCGACUGAAACUCAAGCAAUUGCCAUCUCCUAUCAAGAGACCUUUGAAGAGUUGGAGCGAUCUGCAAUACUUCGGACCAUCGGGUGUUGAGAACGACUAUGAGCCACCGGAGGAAGUGAGCGGGUGGGAUAAAGACUUCUAAAGCUGGGUAGGAAUAGUAGGUAUCGAUAGCGAUCUACAUUUUCGGAUAUUAGUUGGUAGUUUGUAAAAUGUUUUACUUAAUAUUUGGAGUGCCCCACGUAGCACUUAUCAUUUACUAGCUUCGAAAAUACCUUAAUAAUAUGCUGUUAUAUAUUUUAUUUUACUGUUAAGCUUAAUAGUUAUUAAAAUACUUUUUAAAUAGACUACACUAAACAUGAACAACCCAUUUAUAUAGACUUUGAUAAGCAGCGUAAAACCUAACUAUAAGCUAAUACUUUUGAGUGUCUCCCAAUAAAUUGAAAUUAGACCUGCUAA